CAGGGCGCUUCCAUAAUUGAUCGUGCUAACUUCGGCCGUCACUGCAAAUGUUUCUUACUAUCAUGCUCCUCCAGAUACGAGAGCCUCAAGCUAAGCUCAUGAUAUGUUCAUAAUGGUUGGUACGGGCAUGAUGGAAGUUGGUCGGAGAGACCGUUCGAGCUGGAAUCUGGGUCAAGGUAGUUCGACGGGAAAUCGUUUGCCAGAGGAAUCACAUUUUUAUACCUGCUACUGUGAGAGCCUUUUUAACUCUCGACACGAGUUUUCUCCGCUCCCACAAGUCGCAUCCAACUUUCAGGAUGGUAGCCAACACCAAUUCCAAGAUCGUGAUCAUCGGAGCGGGCUGCUUCGGAUUGUCAACCGCAUACCAUCUUCUGCGGCGAGGGUUCACCUCUGUAACUGUCCUUGACAGAUCACCGGUUCUUCCGGCACCUGAUGCUGCAAGCACGGAUUUGAACAAGAUUGUUCGGAGCGCAUAUGCAGAUAUCUUCUAUAGCAAACUGGCACGCGAAGCCAUAGCUGAGUGGAAAGACUUUGAAGAAUGGAAGGAUACAUACCACGAAUCUGGUGUUGUAGUGAUAGGCUGGGGACAGGAAACAUAUGCCGACAAGGCCUACGAGAAUGAUGUUGCACUAGGUGCUCGUAUCGAGACGCUGGCUGAGCCCGCUGCUAUACGCGCACGCUUCCCUGCGGACGUAAAGACAGCAUCGUUCGAGGGAAUGUCAGGCUACUUGAAUCGGGAUGGUGGAUGGGCAUUUGCUGCACAAGGUAUCCAGCUACUGCUCUCGAAGGUCAACGCGUUAGGUGGAACCGUUGUCCCCUCAAAAAGCGUAGUCAAGCUGCUUCAGCGAGAGGGUAAGACACACGGGGUCGAAUGUGCUGACGGAUCUUCGUAUGAAGCCGACUUGGUUGUAAUUGCUUCUGGAUCCUGGACCGCCUCUGCUUUUCCUGACCUUGACCUUGGAGCCAAGUGUCUUGCAACCGGUCAAAGUGUAGUAAUGGUACAACUGUCACCCGAAGAAGGAGAGAAGUACCGGAAGUGUCCCGUCUUCCUCGACUUACACUCAGGAUUCUACAUAUUCCCUCCUAAUGUCGACAAUCUUGUAAAAAUGGCAAUCCAUACUGGAGGGCAUACAUACACACAGACUCCUCUGGGAAACCCUGACCAUGCCCCAAUAUCGACACCUAGAACCGCUCUUUCACAUGGUGAUCAAGGGCUUCGCAUACCCAAAGAAGUCAUCCAGAAUCUCAGGGACAACUUGCGCGCAGUGUACCCGGAGCUUGCAGAGAAGCCAUUCAGUCAGACGCGUUUGUGUUGGUACACGGACUCUCCGGACGAAGACUGGAUCAUUAGUGUGCACCCGAAAGACUCUGGACUCGUCCUCGCAACUUCGGGAAGUGGUCAUGCAUACAAGUUCCUGCCUAACAUUGGACGUCUCGUAGUAGACCUUAUUCAAGGCAAGAUGGAACCCAGUCUCGUCCAGAAGUUCGCUUUGGAUCGUCAGAUGGUAGUGCAUGACAUCUUCAGGCCAGGACAGACAGCAAGGGAGCUCGAUGUCGAUGAACUUUGCACACCGGAGGACCUCUUGCCAUAGUACUUCGAAGGAGGAACGUAGAACAUGUAAUGAAUUCAAACAAUGUGUAUCUCUACAUUACUACUCUAUGUGAGUACAAAUACAGCAGGGGGAUAUCAAUUACGAAUACUUUUCGUAGAUGCAGUGUCUAUAGAUCAAAAGUGAAUGAAAGCUUAGGCUCGUCUCCCGACGAACUCUCGCCAGGAGCGAACCUCAGAAGGAAUCUUGCCUUCUGUAUAUUUUCGGAGACCUCCUUGAGGGAUUUUCUUUGCCAAUGCCUCAACGAAUAGUAGAGCGCAUCGAGCGUUAUUG